GGCGCUACGUGACCCUGUGUCACGUGAUGACGUUAUCUUCAAAUUAUCCGAUCCUGGCUUAUAUGUUACAAAUUCAGUAAUCGCAUAUUUCAUUUCAAUGGGCACGUCUUGUUGUCUGCCUACCUGGCAACAACCUCCACAUUCAUUUUUAUCACGCUAAGACGAAUGAACUGUUGCGAGAAAUAGAUGUAUCAGCGAUUGGUGUUAGUAUUUUCUUUCCUGUGGAUUAUUGACGAAAGCUCUUGUACUUCUAGCGACGGCUGCUUUGGACUUUUUGGUGGGCGAUAUGGCACUUUUUAUAACAUUUUUUUGUAGAAAAGCUUAAGUGGAACAGAACAUUCAGUUUUAACAACAAAGUUUUAACACUCAGACUUGAAGUCACUAAUAAUCCAGAACAUUGGAUUGUGAAUUAUUUGUUUGAGAUCUUAGCUCGAGAACGAUUAGGAUACACUAAAAUAGAGUUUGUCCCAAUCGAAGAUAGUAACAUUAACAGUUCUCUAAAAAGACUUCAAUGUCCUGAUACUCAUCCUGCUACAACAAAUCGCAUCUCAGAGGAAAUCCAAACUAUACUUCUCUUAAACAUGAUUGUAGCUCACCUAUUGACAUCCUUGGUCAAAACUACUCAGGUCAUCGAACGGAAAAUGCACAUGGUUCAGAUUUAUACAAUAAUCAUACUUUACUCUCUGGGAAGUCAGUAACUAUUUUGGAUUUUGAAUUAAAUUCAACAUGUUUACGGUAUAAUUCUUAUAGUAUUCCUCCACCCCCUUUAUGCAGUACUGAUACAAAAUCUACCUCACCUAAUAGUUAUCAAUAUUGCCACACUGAAUCUUAUCAAGCUGUUAAAGUGACAUGGGCUAAAUUACGGACGGCAGCUCCACAAAUUUUUCAACUUGCAUCUAAAAUGUAUAUGUCUCAUGAUGAGUUGGGAGAACUGGUCCACUCGGCGCUACUCGACUCACAUAUAGAUCGUCAGUCAACAUAUAAACAAGUUGCAUGUCGGUGGCUCCGUCAGAAUCCAACUAAAUGGAAAAGUUGGACAGUUGAUUGGGACAAAAAACUUAACUUAACAGUAGCUGGCCUGUUCAGUAUGUAUGGGAAAUGGGUGCUGUAUGGUCUUGAUCGAGUGGCUCAAGAAGCUAUGAAUUUUGUCAACGCCGACUCAGAUUAUUUUCGCAAUUCUGAAUAUGCAUUAAGUUUGGAUGUACGUAAUUUAACAUGUGAACCUGACGUCGUGUUAAGUGAUUAUUUUAAAGUGUUGGAGAAUGCUGUCAACACUCGUCUUAUUGGUUCUAUCGCUGCUCUAUGCUCAGAUUCUAUAGAAGCUGUAGUUGAAUUGGCAAAUAUUCGCAAACAGAUUAUUGUCAGUCCAACAGUAGGUAGUGCACGUUUUCUGGAACAGCAACAAUAUCAUUACUUCUUUCGUACAGUACCAUCAAUGACUUUGGCUAAUUUUAUACUACUUCGAUUAUUUCUAGUAUGGGGUUGGCAUCGAAUAGUUGUAUUUCGUAAAUCGGAUCAUUUUUUUGAACCUUUAUUAUUUCAAGCAAAGGGAAUCGAAAUUAUUGCCAAUAUUGAAAUGGAUGAACAACAGUUAACUUAUAAACUGGCAAAAGAUACUUUAGAAGAAUUAAAACAACAGAACAGUCGCAUAUUUGUUGUCGAGUACGAUGCACGUGGUACCUAUUUGAUACUCUGUGCAGCAUAUCAUGAAGGGAUGUAUUUUUCCGCUGGAUACGUUUGGUUUUUGAAUCCAUGGCUUUCUGAUCAAUGGUGGUCGGAAUUGGUUGGCCGAAAUACUGAGUGUAAUUUUAGUGAAAUGCUCAAUAUUACUUCGUGGACUUUUACUGUUGGACACCAGUUGUUAAUUGGUCCUAUGGUGCACAGUUUUAUUCCUCGUACUAGUGAGUUUAUGGAUUCAGACUCUAAGUCUGGAAAUAAUUCAAGUGGCACUCCGAAUCGAACUUCAUCUGAACAAAUACGACGCAGACGCCAUGUUUUUGUUCAGUCACAAAGGUUAGAAGUACCACCUGUCUUAUCAAGAACUAAACAUAAUCCCAAUCCAAAUGAUUUUGGGAAAUCUACAUUCAGUGAUCACUCAAAACGUAAAUUAAUCAAAGAUCCUCUUCAUGAUUACACUGUGUAUACUUAUGAUGCUGUUAUCCUACUAGCAAGUGCUGUUGUUCAUCUUUUACGAGAAAAUCCUGCUGCAGCAUCUGCUCUUAAUCAUCCUGAUGUAUCUGAAACUCUUCGAACACUUGUUGCACGAACAAAUUUUGGUUAUCGAUUUCAGACAGAUAAUUCAACAACUGGACAAUCUAGUGAAAUAAAUGAACUUGUUCCAGGUAUCAAUGAUGAUAAUUUUGGUGUAGAUGCUGGAUUUCAACUUGCUGGUGACUAUUAUGGUAUACGCAGUCAAAGUCCUGCUUCAGCAUCAAAUUUGCGAUUUAAUGAUCAUAAUGAACGUAUUGCUGAUUAUUGGCUGUUGAAACAAAGACAUUUAAAUACUACUGUACCGAUUAUAAUGUGGUCAACAAAAAACUAUGAAGAAGUACACGAGCAAGAUCAACAACAACAAUCAUAUGAUCCAUUCAGUCAUAUGAUUUCAUCAAAUAAUAUGUCAAACAAGUAUGAUUGGAAAACAACCAAUGCUCCAUUUCUAUACGAUGAAUUUCAGAAACGGAUGACUGAACGUUGGUUAGACCACGUUAAUUGGCAUACAUUAGGUGGUCCACCAAAUGAUGGUUCUAUCAAUGAAAAAAAUUGUACAUUAUCAUUUCUUAGUAAUCAAUUACAUAUGGGUUGUACAGGUGCUACUGUAUUUGUCACUGUUACUGUUACCGUUUUAGUUUUAUUGCCACUGAUUAUAUUUGCUCAUUUUUAUUAUCGACGUAAAUUAAAAGAAAUUGAAAAUCGAACUCGUAAACCUUUUGAAGAACUAUGCACAGAAUUGGCUGAUUUAGAUAUGCCUGCUGAAAAUAUUGUUUUAAAUCGUCGAGUUGGUCAAGGUGCCUUCGGUUUAGUAUUCGGUGGUGAAGCUAAAAAAAGUGAUUUAUGGGAAGCAGUUGCUGUGAAAGUAAUUAAUGAGAAAGCAACUUAUGAAGGGAAAAUUGAUUUUCUUUCUGAAGCAAAAUUAAUGCGUUCUUUAAAUCAUCCAAACGUUGUUCGUUUAAUUGGUAUCUCCUUGAAUCCAAAAGCAAGUCUAUACCUGAUUAUGGAACUCAUGCUUCUAGGAGAUUUAAAAACAUAUUUAUUAUCCCGUCGAAUUUUAGCUCAAAGAUCACCAAACCAUGAAGACAUACGACCAUCAACUCUUACUCAAAUGAGUAUGGAUAUUGGCCAAGGUUUAGCCUACCUACAUAGUAAGCAUUUAAUUCAUCGAGAUAUAGCAUGUCGAAAUUGUCUUGUUGCUGCGGAUCGUACUGUGAAAAUCGGAGAUUUCGGUCUGACCAGACAAGCUGCUAAAAAUACUUCAGAGGUUUAUUAUCGUUUCACAAGAAAUUGUGAACUACCUAUUCGUUGGAUGUCACCUGAAGCUGUACAAUUUGGUGUUUUUAGUAUACAAUCGGAUAUUUGGUCAUUUGGCAUAACAUUAUAUGAAAUUAUUACUUUUGGUGUAUUUCCUUAUAAUGGUCUUGGAGAUGUAGAAGUUGUGGAACGUGUCAAACGUAUGGAAUUCAGUAUUACUGAAUUUUUACCACCUCAAGCAUUAAAUACCGUAGUAUGUGAAUUAAUUAAUCAUUGUUGUAAACAUCAAUGGCAACACAGACCAUCAUCAAUGAAUCAAGUGUUAGAAGUAUUAAUAGCGUAUCCAGAUUGUAUUCGACCAUUCCUUACUGAUGAUCCACCGAAACCGAAUACAACAAUCGAUUCAUUACCUUUUCAACCAUCUGUAGACACUUGUAUAAUAUCAGAAUCCGCAAUGACUGGUCUUGCUGCAAUCGAUAGUGUUGGUGGUUUUCGUACAAUACGUAGUGCUUCAACUGUAGCCGUCCCAAUAUCAUCAUGUUCACCUUCACCAGUGCCACUAAAUCUUCCUGAUGGUAAUAGUGAUAAAUAUUAUGGAUCUGAAAAACGUCUUAGUGAACAAACAAAUCUACGUGAUAAUACACUGUCCAACCAUCAUACAAUUUUUGAUUGGUCUGAUAACUAUAAUUCUCAUCCGUAUACAGAUAGUUCAGUUCAUUCAAAGUUGACUGAAUUUUAUCAACUUCCAAUGUUUUCUGACAGACAAACCUUAUUUCCUUCAGUAGUAACAGAUGAAAGCAAAGAACUAAAUAUUAUGUCUAAAUCUGGCGAAUCAUCUAGUCUACCUCCCGUGUUUGAUAAUUAUACUACAUCAUUUGAUACAUCUAUUCCUAAUGCUAUUAAUACAUCUAAUGUUUUAUUCAAUCUUUCGACAAGUCCUAUUUCCACCACUCCGAGUUAUCAGUCAAUCGAUGAAACUAGUCAAUUAAUUAUGAAAUCUCCUGAACUAAUAACUGAUCAGUAUACAUAUUCAACUGGGAAUACUUUACAUAUUAGAAAACAGAAACGUUCAAAUACCACACUUAUAAACAAUGCAACAUCGAAUAUUCUAGAUGAAUUUGAUAAUUUGUUAUCUGAUAAUCAACUUAAGUUAUCUUUAGAUGCGGAUUCGAUUAUGCAUAUCGAGGAAUCCGAUAGACCACAUAUGUGGAUAUCUGCGGAUAAAAAUUCAGACAAGCAGUUUUUUAUUGUUCCCAGGAACGAAUUUCAUAUGUUUAAUGUUUCCAGUGUACCUCGAAAUCCCAUUCAAACACGGAAUAUUAAUCGUUUGCGACCCACUCGUUCUCUGAUCAAUCUAACCUCUGUACGUUAUCCCAAACACUACUUACAAAAUAAUAUGGAAUCUAAUCACUGUGCUUCAGUCGAUCAUUUCAGUUCGAUUACAAAACAAAGUGAUAUUCAUGGUCCAGAUUUAAUCUUACCUCCUAGUCUUUUUACCUUCAUUUCUGAUUCAUUUAUUUCCGGUAGGAAGACCGUUUAGGUCCCAUUUCUUGUUUACUGUGAUACUGUUAAUGAUGUAGUCUAUUAAUCCGGUAGUUAUAUUUACACCACUUAUGUAUUUGCAUUUGAACAAACUAACUAUGGAAUUUAGUUUUUUUGCGUUAUUCAAUCCAUCGGAAUUUCCUUUGUGAGUCAACGUCUAUCCAUCCUGUUUUAGUGUAGUAGAACUAUAAUCAAGUUUCUCUACUCCCACCCAUUAUUUAACAUUAACUGUUAUCUUUCUAGUUAAUUUGUACAGUAAAUACACAACUGUUAAUCAUCAACUGCAAUUUAUUUUCAUCGGAUCUCGUUAUUUCUCUUCGAUCUUGUUUUCUUUCAAUACUGUUAUUGUUACUUGAUCAUUGUUAUUAUUAUUGAACUUUACAGUUAAAUCCAUAGUAAUAUAUUGUAAAUGUUUCUCUCUUUAUUUGCUAACCUAGUCAUAUCGACUAAUUUUGUUCUAUGGUUUUACUGUGUUUAAUUCUUCGAAUUUUUACGAAGUACAAAUUCAGUUCUAGACGUAAAUAAAUAAAAAAGUAAUCGCAGUUAACUUUUUUUUCUUUGUAUAGAUUGUUUAUUUUGACUGUUAGUAUAAUUACAUAAAUACAUACCUUGUCUCAAAGUAAAUUUAUAUUAUUAGUGUUGUAUUAUGAAAAUAAUUUUACAAUGUGUACAUUAUUCUAUUAUGUAUAGAUUUUUUUUGUUUUGUAAGAUAAAUGGUCAGUUAAUUUCAAAGUUUAAAGUCUUCUUUCUUCAUUUCUUGUUGAAGUUAAUUGUUUAUUCUCUGAUACGUUACUUUGCUUUUUUUUACUGUCAUCAUCAGUUAACUUGUUUAAUAGGAAAUUAAGGUAUAGUGUACAUUGUGUGUGUUUGCACAAUGAUUUUUUUAUCUCAUGUAUUGUUUUUUUGGAAUAACCAUAAUAAAUUCUAAACUACCUUAUCGACUUUACAUUAUUUACUUUGAGAUUGAUAUCAUUAGAUAAUCGAUUUGGUACAAGAUUUUGUUUGUUUAGUUUUAAACACUAAAGAAUAAAUAGAGUUAAUUCACACAAAAUAAUAGUUAAUCUCUAAUGAGCCUUUUUCUUCAAAUCUAUUUGCAGUUUGAUGACUACCUUCCAACUUUCCUGGUGUCCCCAGCGACUAUGAGUGUCCCAGAGCGUUCCUUUCAUUGGAGUAUCUGUAAUUAUCUUCACUGGAAAAUUUACUUGUCUGCCUACUGUUUCCAACGUGCUUUUUUCUCUGAGGAUUUGGUUGGUGUGUCUUAUUUGUAUUCCAAAUGCUCCACGUACUUUAUACAAGACAUUUCCUAUUAUCUUCUCAAUGACUCCAGGUUCCCACUGAUUUUUUCCAAGGUAUGACUUGAUGACUACUUUAUCACCCACGUUAAAACUUUGGAUAUUCUGAUUUUGUCUGCGUCUGUCUAUUGGUUUAGGUGGCAACAUGGCGUGAAAUGUAGUUUGAAUACUUCUUUCCAUCUGCGACAGUAGGGUUGAGCGUAGUUCUAUGAGCUGUCAAGAAUUUUGUAAUUGUCUAACUUGUCCCCUCGUCUCCAGUAAUACUACUUUAAAUGUGUCAGAUCUUUACACGCCACCAACCAGAAUUUGUAAAUAUGCCUCCGACAAAUCCAAC